CUACACCAACUCACAACAAUCAAAGGACAAAACAGUCAUUUUCCACCUUCACCUAGCACCUGCACAGAACAAGAAAAUAUCAUCUUUAAUAUUUGUUCAAGUUAAUUCCUAUAAAUAAUUUUUCUUUGUUUUCUUGAUCUUGUGAAUCUCAUCAUCGAUCAACCUCUUAUUCCCUUUAUAGAGAGAGAGAAAUGAUGGUUCAUGAAGAGGCUCAAACGACACACAGUUCGAAAUACGACAGACUAAGCGAGCUGAAAGCUUUCGACGAAACUAAAGCUGGCGUGAAAGGGCUUGUGGAUGGUGGGAUCACUGAGAUCCCUCGUAUUUUUCAUCAUCAUCCAAUAGUGUCAAACGAUCAUGUAACAGAGAAGAACUCAGUUAGUGCUACUAUUCCAGUUAUAGACCUUAAAGGUGCAAACACGGAAGAUCAUCGGAGAGAAGCCAUAGCAAAGAAGAUAGGAGAAGCUUUAGAGAAAUGGGGUUUCUUCCAAAUCAUCAACCAUGGAAUUACAGAGAUAGUUAUGGAGGAAAUGAUCAAUGGGGUUCGUCGUUUUCACGAGCAAGAUACUGAGGAGAAGAAGAAGUUAUAUACAAGAGAACUUACCAAGCCAUUUGUGUACAACUCUAACUUCGAUCUUUAUAGUACUGGGACGACUUCAACUAAUUGGAGGGACACUUUUGUUUGUCGAAUGGCUCCUAAUUCUCCUGAUCCUCAACACUUGCCCCCAGUUUGCAGAGACAUACUAGUUGAGUACUCAAAGCAAAUAAUGAAAGUGGGCAUUUUAGUGAUGGAGUUGCUCUCAGAAGCUCUAGGGUUACAAUCCAACCACUUAAACCAGAUAGGUUGUAGUGAAGGGCUAGCGGUGUUAGGGCAUUAUUACCCUCCAUGCCCCCAACCAGAGCUAACUUGGGGUACACCUAGGCAUGCCGUCAAUGACUUCUUCACAUUGCUUCUCCAAGAUCACACCGGCGGUCUUCAAGUUUUGAGCCACGAUAACUGGAUUGAUGUACCACCUUACCCUGGAGCUCUGGUCGUCAACAUUGGAGAUCUUCUUCAGCUUGUAUCCAAUGACAGAUUCAGAAGUGUUGAGCACAGAUCAUUUGUAAAUAAUAAAGGUGCAAGAGUAUCUGUGGCUAGCUUUUUCAGUACUCAUACAUUGCCAACUUCAAAGCUCUUUGGACCUAUCAAAGAGUUGUUAUCAGAAAACAAUCCUCCAAAAUACAGGGCAACCACAGUGAAGGAAUAUGUUAGCCAUUACCAUGCAAAAGGUCUUGAUGGGACUUCUGCUUUGGAUCAUUUCAGAAUUUGAUAAUGAUGAUUUGGCACUGAAGAUUCAAACUUAUUGGGUUGAGGAAUGGUUUUAUAAGUUAAAUAGUUUUUUGGUGGUCAUUUUGUUCUCAAUAGUAUAUGUUUGAAGAACAAGUAUUAAAAAAAAUUAGUAAUUAAAUAAAUUUUAAAGAUUAAGUUUG